AUGUGGAAGGUCAAACCUCCAGUUGUGUUUCCUAAGGAGACGAGGUACCGGCCGAUUUUAGAGAGUUUGGUUCCCCCCGACCCCAUGUCCCAGUUCAACCUGAGGAGGGGUUCCCCUGAGGAGGAGUUCCCCGACCUUUGCAGGAACUCUACCUGGAUGGGACGGAUCCUCACACCGGCCAUGUACCGCCGACAGUUCGACCGCUGCACCCACAGUGGGGUCAUCUUUGAUGAUGUCAUCCGCCCGGGCCUGGAGGAACCAGGUGAAUGUUCAGGCCCUGUAUCUGUGGGAUGUGUUGCGGGCGACGCUCAGUCCUACAUCCUGUUCUGUGACUUCUUCGACCGAGUCAUCGAGGCGUACCACCAACACAAGGUCACCAGCCAGACGCCAGAGAGCGACUUCAACUACGAUAACCUGAAGGGGGGUGAUGACUUUGACCGGUCAUACGCCGUACGCUGCGAGGUGAGUGUUGUCCGAGGUGUUGAAGACUUCAGCUUCCCGACACACUGCAGCCGAGGAGAGCGCAGACAGCUCCUCAUGCUGGCCAGGAGAGCUCUGCAGCGACUGGAGGAGGAGGAGCUGCCGGGUCGACUCCUCUUACUAGAGGAGAUGAACCAGGAACAGCAGAAGGAGCUGAAGCUGAACACUCCGUCUUCCUCCCAGCUCCGAAUCGGCAUAGCCCGUGACUGGCCGGAUGCCCGGGCCAUCUGGGUGAGUAAAGAUGGCAGCCUCGUGGUCUGGGUCAACAUGGAAGACCACCUCAGACUGGUGUCUACACGAGAGGACGCCAACAUCGCUGAGGCAUUGAAAUGCAUCUGCAUCAACCUGCAGAAGCUGGAGGUGUACUACAGAGAGCUCCGACACCCGUUCAUCUGGAAGCAGCAGCUGGGAUGGGUGACGAGCUCUCCGGCCGACGUGGGGACGGGUCUGAGGGUUAGUGUCCACCUCAAACUGCAACACCUUCCCAAACACAGACGCCUCGAGGACGUCCUGCAGAGGCUGAGGAUCCGCAUGGACAAAUCAGAAUCCUCUGCGCUGUACCUUGUGAGCAAUGUGGCGACCUUCGGCCUGAGCGAGGUGGUGCUGACCCAGCUGGUGGUGGACGGGGUCAAGCUUCUCAUUGCCAUGGAGAAGAGGCUGGAGGUCAACAGAGACGUCGACGAGCUCGUUCCUACACAGAAGUAG